UAUUCUAAUUAGAAAACUUUAUGCAAUAAUAAAAUAAAGUAAAAGAGAGAGAAUUUCACGGUCACCACCUUCACUCUUUCUCUUCAACUGCUCCGCCGUCGUUUCACCGUGAGCCACCGGCGACUAUAAUUUCAAAUUAAAACAGCAUCGUCGUUUCUGGAAAUUCAAUUUCUAUGCAUUCUUCUAUCCACCAACACUGCCCUUCUCCUCGUUCAGCUGCAACCAUAGCAACUCUCCUCAAAGCGUGCAAGAGAAUUCAACAUCUUCAACAAGUUCACGCUUCCAUCGUUCAAAGAGGCCUCGAACAAGACCAGUUCCUCAUUUCCCAGUUCAUUUCACUCGCCAAUACUUUCUCCACAUCAACUCUCUCCUAUUCCACUACCGUCUUCGACCGUGUUAUCAAUCCCUCUACCUUCCUCUGGAACACUCUCAUCAGAACGCAUUGUCAAAAGAGUUUAUUUUCUGAUACCCUUUCCGCUUUUAUUCGUAUGAAAGCUGAAGCGGAAGGGGAAGGGGCUCUCCCAGAUAGAUACACUUACCCUUCUGUGAUUAAAGCUUGUUCCAGCAUGUGUGAGGCUUUGGUAGGAAAAUCGGUUCAUGGGUCGGUGUUGAGGUGUGGGUUGGAUGAGGAUGUGUUUGUGGGAACCAGUUUGAUUGAUAUGUAUGGUAAAUGUGGGGAGAUUGGUGAUGCGCGUAAGGUGUUUGAUCGAUUGUCUCAGAGAAACGUGGUAUCUUGGACUGCUAUGGUUGUUGGGUAUGUCACUGUUGGGGAUGUGGUUGAGGCGAAGAGGAUGUUUGAUGAAAUGCCGAUGAGGAAUGUGGCUUCGUGGAAUGCUAUGAUUCAGGGUUUUGUUAAGGUUGGGGAUUUGAAACGUGCUAAAGGUGUGUUUGAUUCUAUGCCCGAGAAGAAUGUGGUUUCCUUCACGACUAUGAUUGAUGGAUAUGCUAAGGCUGGUGAUAUGGCAGCAUCGAGGUACUUGUUUGAACAAGCUGCGGAAAAGGAUAUUGUUGCUUGGUCUGCUUUGAUAUCGGGUUAUGUACAGAAUGGUCAGCCUAAUCAGGCGUUGACGGUGUUUCUUGAGAUGGAAUCGAUGAAUGUGAAGCCUGAUGAGUUUAUUUUGGUUGCCUUGAUGUCGGCUGUGUCUCAGUUGGGUCAUUUGGAUUUGGCUCAGUGGGUUGAUUCUUAUGUUGGUAAUAGCUCUAUUGAUCUUCAGCAAGACCAUGUGAUUGCAGCACUUGUGGAUAUGAAUGCAAAGUGUGGAAACAUGGAGAGGGCGUUGAAAUUGUUCCGUGAAAUGCCUAAGAGAGAUUUAAUCUCGUAUUGUUCGAUGAUUCAGGGGUUUUCUAUUCACGGGCAUGGGGAAGAUGCCGUGAAUCUAUUUAAUAGGAUGCUGAUGGAAGGGCUAGUUCCAGAUGAGGCGGCUUUCACAAUUGUGCUGACUGCUUGUAGUCAUUCCGGGCUCGUUGAUGAUGGUUGGAACUACUUCAACUCCAUGGAGGAAAAGUAUGGCAUUAGUCCUACACCUGAUCACUUUGCAUGUAUGGUUGAUCUUCUAAGCCGGUCCGGGCAAUUAAGGGAUGCUUAUGAACUUAUAAAAUCAAUGCACGUGGAGCCAAAUGCUGGUGCCUGGGGUGCACUUUUUGGAGCAUGUAAACUACAGGGUGAUUCAGAGUUAGGAAAGACUGUUGCGAAUCGUCUUUUUGAACUCGAGCCUCAAAAUGCUGCUAACUAUGUGCUGUUAUCUAACAUCUAUGCAUCAGCAGAUCGAUGGAAGGAUGUUUCCCUUGUGAGGAGUAAGAUGAAGGAAAGAGGAGUGCGGAAGAUACCUGGUUGCAGUAAACUUUAGUCCAUUGCUGAGUCAUUCUGGUUCCAUGUAUGAAGUUCUGAAUGUACAGAACAUGGAAGGCGGUAUGUAUUCUUUUUCUGUUGAUCUGGAACCUUAGCAGUUAAUCCAUGGUUGUUAAUUUGCAAUUAAGGGAUGCUUAUGAACUUAUAAAAUCAAAGCACGUGGAGCCGAAUGCUGGUGCCUGGGGUGCACUUUUUGGAGCAUGUAAACUACAGGGGGAUUCAGAGUUAAGAGAGACUGUUGCGAAUCGUCUUUUUGUACUUGAGCCUCAAAAUGCUGCUAACUAUGUGCUGUUGUCUAACAUCUAUGCAUCAGCAGAUCGAUGAAAAGAUGUAUCCCUUGUGAGAAGUAAGAUGAAGGAAAGAGGAGUGCGGAAGAUACCUGGUUGCAGUAAACUUUAGUCCAAUGCUGAAUUAUUCUGGUUCCAUGUAUGAAGUUCUGAAUGUGUACAGAACCUGGAAAGAGGUUUUUUUCCACCUCAGGUGCGGUAUUUUAACUGUUGCUCCUAUUGCUUUGAGAGUCACUACUAUUGCUACAGUUUGUCAUGAAGAUUCACUUGUGGCUUAUUAAGUCAGUGAAGCAAAUGGCUUGGUAGGGUGGAAAGCGAUCCUUGACAAUCAAAUCACAACUUCCUUGCUUCUUAGACUACUGGUACCAAACCUUGUACACGAACAGAAUCGUGUAUGAUGAAUCCCAGUCUAUUACCACGAUGGUUAUUGCAAAUUUUGGACUAAGAGGUACCCUUCACAACCUCAAUUUCUCAUCAUUUCCCUAGCUUCUCAUUUGGAUAUAAGUAAAAGCUAUUUUUUGUGGAAAUAUUCCCCACCAUGCUAGUAGCUUUUCUAGAGUUUCUUAAUUGAAAUGGGGUGACAAUUUUAUUUAAAUUGGUUUCUUUGGUGAAAGAUCUAAAUUCCCAACAGCAUUGAAGUUGUUUUUUACUUCAAUAAAGUGAUGUCUGUCAAGCAACUGGCUGUUUUAAUCUCCCUUGCUCUGGCUUUACUCAAAUUAACAAUGAUACGGGUAGGAAAAAGUUCACGUUUUUAGGCAUACCAAUUGGAAGCAACCCAAGAAGAAUCUCCACUUGGGAUCCUUUAUUGAGGAAUAUAAAGAAGAGACUGGCUUCUUGGAAAGGGAGGUUCCUUAGCUUUGGGGGAAGACUUACCCUUAUAAAGUCGGUCCUAGGAAGCUUAGCUAUUUUUACAUUAUCUUUUUAUAAGGCGCCCAAGAAAAUCAUUAAGGGGAUUUUUAAAAUUCAAAGUAAUUUCUUGUGGGGUGGCUUGGAUGAUAAAAGGUGCAUUCAUUGGGCGAGUUGGGAAGCGGUUUGUUUACCAAUCGAGAAGGGGGGUUUGGGGAUUAGAAGGAUAGACGAUUUUAACUCGGCUCUUUUAUGUAAGUGGAAGUGGAGAAUUCUCGAGCAUCCCAGCACCUUGUGGUAUGGAGUCUUGAAAGCGAGAUAUGGUGACAUUAAUCUUUGUAUGGUGCACGGGGGAGGAAAAAAGAAGGGAAAAGUUUCUAUGUCGCCUUGGUGGAAGGAUAUAAUGUCCUUGGAGCUGGUCAAACCUCUUGACUUCUUCAACUCGGCUUGCAAAUUUACAGUGGGAAAUGGCUUCAACUCCUCUUUUUGGCAUUCAAAUUGGAGCAUAUUCCGUAUGGUCCCUCGGGUAAGCAUGAUAAAGCGCUUAUUCUUGUUUGGAAGAACGACGUCCCUUCGAAGGUAAAAGUUUUUGGUUGGAGGUGUUUUGUUAAUAAGCUUCCGACGAGAGGUGCUUUAACUCGUAGAAGCAUUCUCCCUUAUUCCAAUUCCUCUUGUGUUUUUUAUUGCUUGAACGAAGAAACAACGACUCAUUCGCUUUUGUCUUGCCACAAUGUGGACUUGGUUUGGAAGGACAUUGCCGCUUGGAUCGGCUUUGAUAAUUAUAGAGCGGUGGACGUAAAGGAAAGCUAUUUGAGAUGGUUCUAUUUUGGAAAGAAAGUUAAAGUUAGAAAGGGAAAAGAGGGAGUGGUGUGGUUGGCGGUUAUUUUGACUCUUUGGUUGGUUUGAAACGGUAUUAUUUUUAGGGAAGACACGUGGAACAUUUCUGACAUAGUUUGGGACGUGAAAGCGUUGGUUUGGAGAUGGGCUUUUAUCGGGAAAAUUACCCAACCCAAUUGUAAUUUUUACGAGUUUUGUAAGCAUCCUCUUCAUCUUUCGUAAGAAGUAAUUGGCGUGUAAUUUUCUUCACGAGUUUUAGCUCGCUUUUUGUAUUUUCUUGGAGAACUUAGGUUCUCAUAUCAAUAUAUUCCUUGCUUAUAGAAAAAAAAAACAAUGAUAUGGGUCUGGGAGCAAUCAUCUUCCCGUUUUCUAACUAUGCUUCUUCCAAAUUGGUUAUAAGUAUCCUUUUUUAAUAUUGUCUUUUGUUAUAGGAAAUUAUGCAAAGAAAAUAUGCCCCGUACUUAAUAAACACUAAAAUGACAUCAAUGAAAUUGUUCUGUACAUACACCAUUUAAUUAUAAUUUUUUAACAUUGAUUUUAUUAUUCCCCGAGUUUUUAGUUUUGCUUCUGUGUUUAUUUUUCUUUUCCCGAUGAUAAUGAUUGAAUCUCUUCAUGUUUGCAUCUUUUAAUGCCUCUAUUAUUUGUCU